AGUACAGUGCAUCAUAUAGAAGAGAGAUGACGAGGAAGAGGAUGUCAAAACACUAGCAGGCCAACAGUGCAAGUCUGACCAUUAAACAUGAAUUGCUUGGUCUGCAAAUGUAUUUUUUCAUCUCGCGUCCACCCUACAUGUUUUUAAGCAGCAUGUAAACCUCCACCAUGUCUCAGCCUGAGCAUCCCAACAUGAGCCCCUGGGGCUUAUCAGAGUUUUUGGUCCAGAAGAGGCUGCUUGGUUUUGGGGCAGUGCUGGCCUGGAUGGUCCUCUUUCACCUACUGGUCAAUGUUUGGCUUCUUUGUCUCUUCACAAGCCUCUUAGUGGUCCUAGGUGGUUGGCUUGGCUCUCAGGCUGUCCUGGACUCCGACAGUGUUGUCCAUCUGGAGCGGUUUGUAAAGCUGGAGGAGAUCUCAUCUGGAGGAGAGAGUGAGCAGCUACUUGAAGAUGAAAUUCAGAAGACAGUUGGCAAGAUCAUACGUGAUUUUGUUUCCUCGUGGUAUAGCACCGUAUCUAAAGAAAAAGAGUUUGAGGAUGAGGUUCACAAUGCCAUGAUCUCUAUGGCGAUGGAGCUCAAGAAUCGAGCAGCAGGAGUCGAUAGUAAAGCUUUAACACAGAGGAUAUUAGACCUUUCUGGAUGCCACCUCCAGUGCUUCUUGAGUGCCAAGGAAAACCUUGAUGGACUGGUUGUUGUAAAAGGUGAAAUUGGCGGCACCAGUUCUACAAAGUUCUCGGAGGAAUACAACAAGUUUUGUUUACUCCACCCUGCUAUUCAAAGCUCUGCUGUUGAGGUGAAUUAUCUAAGGGCCAUUGUGGAUCUUCUUUUACAAGUUCUUGUACCUCCCCCACAUUUAGAAACCAGAACAGGUCGAUUUGUCGUGGGCGAACUUAUUGCGUGCAAUGUUAUUUUGCCUUUAAUUGUAAAAUUGUCUGAUCCAGACUGGUUAAACAUGUUAAUUGUUAGUGCCUUCACUAAGUCCAGUGAACCAGCAUCAGAACCGAAGCCAGUAGAAAUUCAGCCUCCACCAGUUGCGUCAAAUCAAGAAAACAAGCCACAGGAACUUGAGAUUCCUUGCGUUCUGACAUUAAAAGUCACCCCUGAGACCCCAACAACUACAGAAGCCCCAACACCAGAACUGUCAGCCUUUGAUGUCAUAGACUCAGCUGAACUUUAUUCUCCACACAAUCUGGAAGAAGAGGAGCCUCGGCUAACAAAACCAUUUCCAUCAGGUUUUGGUCCAAGGGAUUUUAUGAGAAUUGGCAAGCCUAAUCCAUUUUAUCAAGAAACAGAUUUGGACCUAGAGUCUCAUUUGACCGACUUCAAAAGGAGCUCCUUGGAAUCGCUGGUUCUGAUUGGCACAGAAGAGGUGCUUUCAGAAAGACUUACUGAAUGCACCACUCCAGUAGACACUGCGUUAGAUCUGGAUGAUGAAUUUCCGACUUACACCAAUUCAACAGAGAAGGAGUGCCCCAAGGUUCUAGUCUCGGGCCUUCAGGAGUUAUCGUUACAAACCACCGGCGUGGCAGAGGAAGAGUCAUCCAACUUUUGCCAUCGCCAGCCAUCGGAGAUGAAAGGGUUGACUUGUUCGGAUCAACCUGGUAUGGUGAACCCAAGUGAGCUGACUUUGGCUGCACCUGUGCAAGCUUCCUCACCGGCUGCUGGAAGUUGCCUAGCACCUUUUAACUUUGAGCCUCUUAGCAGCCCAGAAGGUCCAGUCAUUAUCCAGAACCUUCGCAUCACCGGGACCAUCACUGCAAAGGAGCACAGAGGCACUGGCUCUCAUCCAUAUACUCUUUACACCAUUAAGUAUGAGACGGCUGUGGACUCUGACAAUCCAGAAUCUUUGCAGCCUGUGGCCUAUCACACUGUCAACCGACGAUACAGUGAAUUCCUCAACCUUCAGACACGUUUAGAGGAGAAACCGGAAUUACGCAAAAUUCUUAAAAAUAUAAAAGGACCAAAGAAGAUCUUUCCUGAACUUCCAUUUGGAAACAUGGAUAGUGACAGAGUUGAGGCAAGGAAAGGGCAAUUGGAAACAUUUCUCAGACAACUUUGUGCCAUUCCUGAAACGGCCGACAGCGAGGAAAUGCAAGAAUUUCUUGCUUUGAACACUGAUGCAAGAAUCGCUUUUGUGAAGAAACCAUUCAUCGUUUCACGCAUAGACAAGAUUGUAGUGAACGCUAUAGUGGAUACCCUGAAGACGGCCUUUCCUCGCUCAGAACUACAGAGUCCUACUGAUGACAUGGACACAGAGCCUGAUGGGAAACUCACCACUGACAAAAAAUCUAAGUCACGAAUGAGGUUCUCCAGUAAAAUUGCACCUGCUUUUAACGUGUCUGACAUGACACCCAAAGUGCUUUACUGCUUUGAUGAUAGCAGCACUGUUUUCAAUGGAUUCUCAUUGAAUGGUUUGGAGAGCUAUAUCUCAGAGAAGGAGCGCUAUGAGGGUAAAGCUCUAGGCUUUGAUGCUGACGGAGAGAGGGGUGGAGGCCAGGGAGCCAAAUGGGACAUGAAGCCUUGCGUAUGUGCCAGAGCGAAGCCACAAAAUGCAUCUGUUAGCAGCCAUACUGCAAGUGACACAGCUCUGUCGGAUCUGGCUCUGAAUAUCCUGUGUCUGAUCAUAAAGGACCAGUGGAGCUGGAUGUGUACUGAGAACGUUCAGAGAACUAUCAGACUGCUGUUUGGAACCCUGAUGGAAAGAUGGAUGGAAGUGGGUGUGGCCAAUGUGACCUGUACGCAGUAUUGGGUGACUUACCUGCGGGUGAUUCAGGAGGCUAUCUGGCCUGGAGGAAAUCUGCCUGUUCAGCCUCGUCCCAAGCGCAGCCAACAGCAGAAAGAGGAAACCAGAAAGCAGGCUCUUCAGUGCCUUAUGAAACUACUGCCAGAUCUGGUCUCUGAUAUGCUCGGUUCGGAGAAGUACAGGAUGUCUUGGCAGACGGUUGUGGAUUCCUUUCAGGACCCCACUAUAAACAGGCACCUUGUUUACUGCAUCUGGGAUCUGCUCAUCGAAUUUCUCGUCCCUGAGGCGUCCGACAGGGACUUUCAGAAAACGCUCCUGCACAGUCUGUCUAAAAAUGCCGAGAAGUUGCCACCGUAGUUUGACCAGAAGCAUAACCAGGCUUGCAUAUUGAAAAUAUCACUUAUAUACAAAAUACAAACAGGAACAUGCGAGUCACAACCGUCCUGUGUUCAGUGUGUGGAUUUGAAUCCGUGUUUGCGGUGUCUGGCACCGAUUUAGUCUCAUUUUUCUGGGACUGAAACACACUGCUCAUAUCCGGGCUAACCUUGAUUAAUGACCACCUGUUUUGUGUUUUAUCAAAACAUGAGUCCGAUCUUUAAAGCCCGCACACCGGAUUUGAAUUAGUCGCAAGACCUCAAACUUGCAUCCACUUUGUUUCCCCUUCAAAUUUGGGAACGUUCUCGUAGAUCGAGUGUUGGCCAGUAUGUUCCCUUUUCGUUCUUGAUGCACCUGUUUACACAUGUUCCCUUCACUUGAUGCACAUUUUGCUUUGGAGCAUUUCAUCAAAGAUGUUCUGCUCUCUUUUAAAGAGAGAAACACAAUUUUUCCCAUGAGUUUCUUCUGAAGUAAUGUAUCAAGUUUGUUGUUCACACAUGUCACAACUGCUUCGGUUGUCACAGUAGUGCUGUACGUGCUUUGUGGUCUUUAGCUGAAGUUAAUAAGCCCUAAACAGCCCUUCACAACCUGUGAUUAAGUGGUUAGCUGGCUCUGUGGAAAGAAGGGUCAUGUUUAUGUGUCAAAAACAGGCCCAGCUUCUUAAACAUUUCUAAAACAGGUCUUUGAGGUAUUGUACAUUGUGUCUCAUUCCUGGCAAAUUGUUGUUUUGGGUUAAAUCCUUAAUAUGUUUAUUAAAGUUUAUUUCAUUUGGAUGUAUUGUGUAAUAGAGGCAAAUUACAUCCAGAUACCAAAUGAUAUCCAAUUGCAGUGGGCCUUAUUUACUCAUCAUAAUGUGAAAGUUGCGUAGGUGCAUGGAAAAAUCUGUUGUGUGUUUAAAAUGAAUAAGCACACCCCUGGCUGUAAUUGUUUGCAUGGCUAUCAUCUCCAUAUAUGAGCUUUCUGCCAUGGACAUCUCACCUGUACAACCAUUUGUCACUCGCUGUAAAUAUUAGUUCAUGCCUCAUUGCACACGCUGUUGUCGAACUUUACGUUCACACUUCAUUCAUGAUGGUUUACACAUUUACCUAUUUUGCCUCUAGCACAAUUACAUACAGUAAUGUCUUCAUUGCCUUAUGUAUGUAAAUAAUGCAGUAAAAAAUACAGUUGUGAUAGAUGCACAUGUGACUGUAAGAACAGUGAAAGCUUCUGUCUUGUUCAAGAUGUUGUUGUUGUUACUGUCAAAGUUUUUCUACUUUGACCUGUUUUCAAACGUUUCAUUGCUUUUAAAAGCAGUUUAGUGUUUUAUCUGCAUCUCGCUAUCUUUGCAUCAUGUUAGUGGUACAUGCAAAUUUAGUUUUGGUGCAUGCAAAUUUAGAUUUUGAGGUUUACUGCUGUUGCUCAGCAUGCAUUACAGUGACAUGAUGGCUUUACAACACCGUGCUUGUGCUUAAUGCGCUGAACGUUGCACUUUUUGUCAUUUUGUAAGUGAACUGUUUCUGGUGCGCAUACAUUGUACGCCUUAUGUUUUGUCUUUAUGUAUGUUGAAUUACCGUAUGAGACCUCAGCAGAUAUUGUCAUUAAUAUUCAGUGGAAAUGCAUGUUACAGGGACAUUGUCAUGUGCCUAGUGUGUUUUACUUUCUGUUUUGUGUUAUUAUAUUGUUGUAACUUAUUCUGACUUAAUUGUGAAUCAAGUCAAUGUAGAAAAUAGUAACAUGUGAUCUGGAAACUUAAACAAGAAAAACAGCUGGUACCAAAAAGCAUCACAUGCUGAGAUAUACCUGCAUUAAAUGGAGCAAACAAUGUACCAAAAUAUGAACAAA